CUUUUUGAGACAGUUACCUCACUCCAACUUCCCCACUCUCUCUCCUCUUUCUCUCUCUAGACAUAUAGUUUGUUUGGUUAUACUUCCUUCCUUUCGCCAAUUUUAGAGCAGAGAGAGAUGGCCGAGGAGGAGCCUAAGAAAAUUGAGUCCGAGUCUCCUUCCGAGCCUUCGCCCGCUCCGGCACCGGAACCCGUUGAAGCUCCAAAAGACGUUUCCGAGGAGAAAUCCGUAAUUCCACCACCUGAAGAGAAACCCGAUGACUCCAAAGCUCUCGCCGUUGUCGAAAAGGUACCGGAUUCUGAAGAAGGGAAAAGUACUGAAGGCUCUGUCAACAGAGAUGCUGUGCUUGCACGAGUUGCAACUGAGAAGAGGAUGUCCCUGAUCAGAGCAUGGGAGGAAAGUGAGAAGUCAAAAGCGGAGAACAAAGCUUGUAAAAAGCUAUCCUCCAUUGCAGCAUGGGAGAACAGCAAGAAAGCAACUAUAGAGGCUGAGCUGAAAAAGAUUGAGGAGAAUUUGGAGAAAAAGAAGGCAGAGUACGUAGAGAAAAUGAAAAACAAGAUAGCGCUCAUCCACAAGGAAGCCGAAGAAAAGAGAGCAAUGACUGAAGCCAAACGCGGGGAAGAUCUUCUCAAAGCAGAGGAGAUGGCAGCAAAGUACCGUGCGACUGGAAGUGGUCCAAAGAAACUCAUUGGAUGUUUCUGAAGUUGAAAUUAUCAGGUCCUAGAUUCCUAUCUGUAAAUAUCUUUGGGCUUUGUUUGUUCUUUUCAGAUGUGUGGCGAGCUUAUAUGGUGGAGAAUUUUCAUUAUUUUAUGUGCAUAGUGGUGUAUUUGUGUGUAUAUAUAUCCCUUGUGGAGAAAAAUAGCUUAUUUAAUUUGUAAGAAUUGAGUUUGUAGUGAUAUAUACCAUGUCAAUGAUUUCAAUGUCA